GUGAAAUGUGUUUUAGUUAGGCGUGUGUGUCUCUCUUAUCCUCUCUGUUCACGCCAUUCACAAGACUGUGUGCGACUAGAUUUAGAGAGAGAAGAGAAAGAUGUCAGGUUCUGUCUUCGUUCCCGGUAUGGCAAUUGGAGUUCCGACGCUUUCUCGUUCUAGCUCUCUUCACCGGAGCUUAGAGCCCACGAAGAAGAAGACCAUGAGUAGUGUCAAAUUCGCAACUAUUUUUCGAAAUCCUUCAAGCAGUUCAGGGGCAAGAGGGUCAUUUCGUGUUACGGCUUCCGAUCAGCGGUCGGAACAAGCCGAUAACGGUCAAGGGGCUCAGGAGGACUUAAACUACUUGCUGAAGCUCGGAGUUGGUUCAGUGGCUGGCGCAGCUUUAAUCAAAUACGGAAGUGUCUUGUUCCCUCAGAUCACAAAGCCUAAUCUCACUCAAGCUCUCUUCAUUAUCAUCGCUCCUGUUGUAAUCUCUGUUAUCCUUUUGAUCCUGUCAUCAUCUUCCUCCAAGAAACAGAACUGAUUGGGAAAUAUGUGUAUAUCUAAUUCAGCUCAUUGUGAAAAAGAUCAUCUGUUAGUUGUGAGAAAGUUUCACUGUAUAAUCCAGAAGAAAAGAUUCAAUC